AUGAUGAGGCUUUUCGGCAGAGGCUCGGGCGGUGAAUCUCCGCACACGGCGUCCCCGUCCACUCCACUUCCUGUGUCGGCGUCUAAUGUGUCCGUUGGGCCAGCAAGGCCGAUCCGCUUUGUGUACGCCGACGAGAAGGGAAGGUUCCACAUGGAUCCAGAGGCGGUGGCGCUGCUUCAGUUGGUGAAGCAGCCCGUGGGCGUGGUAUCCGUUUGCGGCCGCGCUCGUCAGGGCAAGAGUUUCAUAUUGAAUCAGCUUCUAGGAAGGAGCAGUGGGUUUCAAGUUGCACCAACUCAUCGUCCUUGUACCAAAGGUCUUUGGCUGUGGAGUGCCCCAAUAAGGAGGACUGCACUUGAUGGAACAGAGUACGAUCUACUACUCUUGGAUUCAGAAGGAAUUGAUGCCUAUGACCAAACAGGAACAUAUAGCACACAAAUAUUCUCUCUGGCUGUCCUUUUAUCAAGCAUGUUCAUAUACAACCAGAUGGGUGGUAUUGAUGAGGCUGCACUUGAUCGGCUUUCUCUUGUGACUGAGAUGACCAAGCAUAUUCGUGUCAGGGCCUCUGGGGGUAAAAGUACAGCUUCAGAGCUGGGGCAAUUCUCCCCAAUCUUUGUCUGGCUUCUGAGGGACUUUUAUCUACAAUUGACGGAGGAUAAUCAAAAAAUUACACCACGUGAUUACCUGGAAAGGGCUUUGAGAUCAUCAGCACAGGGAAGCGGAAGGGACUUAGCUGCCAAAAAUGAGAUUCGAGAGUCCAUUCGAGCUCUUUUCCCAGAUAGAGAGUGCUUUGCUCUUGUGCGGCCGCUGAGCAAUGAGAAUGAUCUUCAACGACUUGAUCAGAUUCCACUGAACCAAUUGAGGCCUGAAUUCAGAUCUGGUUUAGAGUCUUUGAUAAAUUUUGUGUAUGAAAGGACGAGGCCCAAGCAGAUGGGAGCUUCAGUGAUGACGGGACCCAUCCUUGCUCGUAUGACUCAAUCAUUCCUUGAUGCUAUUAAUAAUGGUGCUGUGCCUACAAUCACUUCGUCGUGGCAGAGUGUGGAGGAAGCUGAAUGCCAACGGGCUUAUGAAUUGGGUACUGAAGCUUACAUGGCUGGCUUUGACCGUUCGAAACCUCCUGAGGAAGCUGCGCUAAGAGAGGCACAUGAAGUUGCAGUUCAGAAAUCAAUGGCCGCAUUUAAUGAGACUGCUGUAGGUGUUGGUAUGAUUAGGCAAAAGUACGAAAAGCGUCUUCAGAGUUUCUUGAAGAAAGCCUUUGAGGAUAUAAAAAAAGAUGCUUUCAGGGAGGCUUAUUUACAGUGCUCCAAAACCAUAGAAAAUAUGGAGAAGGAGCUGAGAAGUGCUUGCCAUGCUCCUGAGGCAAACAUAGACAGCAUCGUAAAGGUCCUCGAUGAGCUGUUGUCCAACUAUGAAGCUAAAUGUCAUGGACCUGAGAAAUGGCGAAAAGCAUUCUUAUUUCUACGGCAAAGUUUGGAAGGGCCCCUUCUCGAUUUGAUCAAUAAGCAAAUAGACCAGAUCGCGGCCGAAAAAAGCUCGCUCGCCCUCCAGUACCGCUCGGCCAUGGACAGGAAUAACCUGAUGAACAAACAGCUGGAGGCCAGCGAGAAGUACAAAUCUGAGUACCUCAAACGUUAUGAUGAUGCCAUCAACGACAAGAAGAAGCUGGCGGACGAUUACAUGGCCCGCAUUGCCAACUUACAGGCUAAGUGCACAUCCCUUGAGGAGAAGUCAUCCAACCUUUCGAAAGCAGCUGACUUGGCAAAUAAGGAGUUAGCGGACUGGAAGAGGAAGUACGAGCUGGUCUUGUCCAAGCAUAAGGCAGAGGGGGAUCAGGUUGGUGCUGAGGUGGCGAUGCUGAAGUCGAGGAGCUCGGCAGCUGAGGCCCGGCUGUCGGCGGCCCAGGAGAGGGCACAGUCAGCCCAGGAGGAGGCCGUGGAGUGGAAGCGAAAGUUCGAUAUGGCCGCGCGGGAUGUGAAGAGCGCUCUUGAGAAGGCUGCUGCUAUUCAGGAGCGGACAAAUAAUCAGACGCAGUUAAGAGAGGCUGCGUUGAGGGCGGAGUUCUCGACUGCUCUGGCAGAAAAGGAGGAUGAAUUAAAGGAAAAGGCGGCAAAGAUUGAGCAAACUGAGCAGCGUUUGACGACUUUGAGUUUGGAACUGAAGGCUGCUGAAUCAAAACUCAAGAACUACGAUCAUGAGACCUCGACCCUAAAGCUUGAGAUUAAGCAGCUGGCUGGAAAGGUCGAGUCCACCGACCUCGCCACCCGUCUGGCAGAAAACAAAGCCUCCCGCCUCGAACAGGAGAAAACCCACCUCGAGCAGAAAUUCCAGUCUCAGUUCAACCAGUUUGAAGAGAUCCAAGACAGGUGUCGGGCUGCCGAGAAGGAAGCCAAGCGGGCCACCGAGCUUGCUGAUGCUGCCCGGGCCGAGGCUGUCUCGGCCCAGAAGGAAAAAUCCGACUUCCAGCGUGUGGCCAUGGAGCGGCUUGCCCAGAUCGAGAGGGUCGAGAGGCACGCUGAGUUCCUCGAGCGCCAGAAGGCUGACCUGGCGAGUGAGGUCGAGCGGUACCGGGCGGCCGAGAGGGACGCCUUGUUCAAAGUGGAGGCCCUUGAGGAGAGGGUUCGGGAGCGGGAGAAGGAAAUCGAGACUUUCUUGCAGUCUAACAACAUCCAGAGGAAGGAAUACGUGCAGGGGCUCCAGAGCUUGCUGGACAGCGAACGGGCCGCACAUGUGGAGGCCAAUAACCGGGCCGAGGCUCUCUCAGUCCAAUUACAGGUCACUCAGGCCAAGUUGGACGAGCUGUCCCAGGAGCUAACGACACUCAAGUUCAGUGAAAAGUUGGGCUCGCAUGCGACUAAACGAGGGAGGACUGACGACUUUGAGAUGGGCGUGGACUCGGGAGAGGGCGGCGAGGGCGCAAAUGUCAUUAAUAAUAAUAAUGGUGAGAGGGUUAUUAGGGGGAAUAAAAGGUCCAAGAGCACGACUAGCCCGUUGAAGUUUUCGUCACCUGAAGACGGGGGCUCUGUUUUCAGGGGUGACGAGCCGGCAAGCAGCCAGCAGACGAGCGUGGAAGACUAUACCAAGUUUACGAUACAGAAGCUGAAGCAGGAGCUGACGAGCCAUAAUUUCGGUGCCGAGCUUUUGCAGCUGAAGAAUCCGAACAAGAAGGAUAUAUUGGCUCUAUAUGAGAGAUGUGUGCUCAAGAAAUCUUGA